AUCAGUGGAGUUGGUGUGCUACACUAAGAUGCACGAUCAUAGUUCUGUUUUCCUGGUACCAGGUACACUCACUCAUAGUUAUCAUAUACACUCAUAGAAAAUCUUAUCUGUCAACCUUCAAAGUGUUCUUUAGUUACGCUAAAACAUCCAAGAUCAGAUGAACCGUGUUUAUAUCUGUGGGAUAAUCAAUCUUUGGAGCUUUUGGAAAUCCAGAAAAUAAACGGAAAAUGUCGUUCCUGGAUUAUCGGUGACCAUGUCAAGUCUGAUGGUGGAAUGCAUGUUUGUAGUCGAAUUGAUCCCCUUUUCUUCUUCAUAUCAUUCUGCAGAAAAAAAGACAAAUUCAUUUCAUGGGAGGUUAUUUUGAGUGAACUUGGUGAAUGUUUCCAUGUUCUCAGCAACAUUCCUGACAUGGAACAUCGUCUCGAGGAAAUUUGCGAUAAAAAAUGUAUUGGUGACUUAUCUGUUUAUCGGUACAAUGAAUCUCGGGCGAUCGAGUGGUUGUCCAAUAAAGUAUCUGCUGUUUAUAAAGCUUCCUUCAACUGCAAGGAUCCUGUUUUAAUUUCUCAGUUUCGAUUAAUUGCUUCUAAUUCGUCUUCUAAUCAUACUGAUGAGAUAAAUGAUGAUUCAAGAGUUCCGGAAUUUACCUCGAGCUCCAAAGAAGCUCAAUUAUUAUCAACCAACCAAUUGUCACAUGAAGCAUGUUUAAAUUUAGCCUAUCAGAUGGUGGCUGAUUAUCUUCCACCAGAUUUAUGGAACAAACUCCGAGAAAAGAUUGGAUUAAAAACUACCACUGUUGAACUCAAUUUAUCAGAGAACGGUUCUGCUGUAAUCAUCUCUGAAAAUAUAGACCCCAUUGAUAACCGAUCAUUGGAGAAGUCGUUUGAUUUAGAAAAUUGUCAACCUAAUAAAGAUGAUUCUUGUUUGGCAUUAAAAUUAAAUGAGUCGAAAGUGAAUGAGCCAACAACUAAAAAGGCAAAAAUUCCAAAAGGUUUACAAUCGAUUACAAAUUUCUUUGUGAAAAAAUAAAUGAGUAUUUGUCAUCUAUAUUUAUUCGUUUGAAUGUGUCAAUCUAAUCAGCUGUUGUAUUUUGUUAAAAUUAAUUUUAUUAAUGUCUAUGUGUAUUUUUAUUAUGUAGAUGUUGUAUAUAAUUUUGUUUGCUGAAUGUGAUCUCAUUU